GGUCCUGUCAUUAACAAUCGUCAUCGCUUAGCGUUUUGUAGGCAGACGACAGAAGACAUUUCAAACAUGAAGACUUUUAUAAUCAUUUUCUCGUUAUUUAGUUUAGCAUUUACCGAACCAACCGUACAUUUCAGAGAAGAAUUCAACGACGGUGAUAAAUGGGAAGAAAGAUGGAUACAGUCAGAACAUAAAGGAAAUGAACUAGGAAAAUUUGUUUUAACUCAUGGAAAAUUUUAUGGUGAUGCCGAGAAGGAUAAAGGUAUUCAAACUUCCCAGGAUGCUAGGUUUUAUGGUAUAUCUUCAAAAUUCUCCCCCUUUAGUAAUGAAAAGAAAACUUUAGUAAUACAAUUUACUGUAAAACAUGAGCAAAAUAUUGAUUGCGGAGGAGGUUACAUGAAAUUGUUUGAUAACAGUUUGGAUCAGAAAGAUUUACAUGGAGAAACACCUUAUUUAAUUAUGUUUGGUCCUGAUAUUUGUGGUCCUGGUACUAAAAAAGUCCAUGUUAUUUUCAAUUAUAAAGGAAAAAAUCUUCUGAUCAAUAAAGACAUUAGGUGCAAGGAUGAUGUGUAUUCCCAUUUAUACACAUUGAUUGUAAAACCAGAUAAUACUUACAUUGUCAAAAUUGACAAUGAAAAGGUAGAAAGUGGUGAAUUGGAAAAGGAUUGGAAUUUCUUGCCUCCCAAAAAAAUCAAGGAUCCUGAAGCUAAAAAGCCUGAGGAUUGGGAUGAUAGAGCCAAAAUUGAUGAUCCCGAAGACAAGAAACCAGAUGACUGGGAUCAACCUGAAUACAUACCAGAUCCAGAUGCCACAAAACCUGAAGAUUGGGAUGAUGAAAUGGAUGGUGAAUGGGAACCACCACAAAUAAAUAAUCCCGAAUAUAAAGGAGAAUGGAAACCUAAACAAAUUGAUAAUCCUAAUUACAAAGGACCAUGGAUUCAUCCAGAAAUUGAUAAUCCAGAAUAUGUACCUGAUCCAUUUAUCUACAGGUAUACUGAUAUUGGAGCAUUUGGUUUUGAUCUAUGGCAGGUUAAAUCUGGUACAAUAUUUGAUAACAUAUUAAUUACGGAUGAUGAAGAUUUUGCUCAGAAAGUAGGAGAAGAAACAUGGGGCUCUACAAAAGUAAUUUUCUUAAACUUUUAAAUUAGUUAUGCCCAA